GCAAAGUUUUGUUUAUGUUAUAAAUUCAUAGAUUCUCUUCAUUCUUAUCCCUCAUAAUCAAUUUCAAUCAAUUAAUCAUUACUUCUUGAAUUAUACUAUUAAAACUUCCUCUCUCUAGAUAUGGCUGCUGCUUUGGAAAUUAAGAAUGAAUUCACCCAACUAUCAGAAAGGGUAAAAUCUGUGGAUCUCCAUCCAACUCAACCAUGGAUUCUUACUAGUCUAUAUUCAGGAACUGUAUGUAUUUGGAACUACCAAUCUCAGACCUUGGAGAAGUCUAUCAAGGUCACUGAAUCACCCGUAAGAUCAGCAAAAUUCGUUCCGAGAAAGAACUGGAUUAUAACCGGAUCAGAUGACAAAUUUAUUCGCGUAUAUGAUUACGAUACAAUGGAGUUGAUAAAAGAAUUCGAGGCACAUAAUGACUACAUUAGAUGUGUAUCUGUGCAUCCUUCACUUCCUUGUGUAUUGUCAUGUUCCGAUGACAUGUUUAUAAACAUGUGGGACUGGGAGAAGGGCUGGGAUUGCAUUAGGGUUUUUGAAGGUCACUCAAGUUAUGUUAUGGACAUCACUUUUAAUCCAAGAGAUUCAUCUACAUUUGCUAGUGCAUCACUUGAUGGCACCAUUAAGAUAUGGAAUCUUGAUUCCCCUGUUCCAAUUGCUACAUUGGAAGGUCAUUCGAAAGGUGUAAAUUGUGUCGAUUACUCGAUCAAUGAUGACAUACCAUAUCUGCUAAGCGGUUCUGAUGAUUAUACUCUCAAGGUAUGGGACUGUGAAACUAAAAUUUGCUUUCAGACAUUAGAAAGCCAUACGAAUAAUGUCUGUGCAGUACGCUUCCACCCGGAGUUUCCCAUCAUAAUUUCAGGUUCUGAGGAUGGGAGUAUCUGUCUCUGGGAUGCAAACACUUACAGGCUUCAAAACACAUUGAACUAUGGCCUUGAAAGAGUUUGGACCGUUGGAUGCAAGAAAGGUUCAGAUGAGAUUGCAUUUGGUUGUGAUAAGGGAAGCAUUAUGGUCAAAGUUUGUAGCUCUCAUUGAGAUUGUUUGAGUAUUGCUAGACUACUGCAUGCUGCUGUUGCUAGAGAGUGCUUUAAAAUAAAUUUGAAUUUUUAAGUUUUUUUAUUAGAAAUCUCUUGAUAUGGUGUUUUAUUUUUCUUUCUUCUAGUGGCUUAUGUUAUGCUGUUGGACAAUGCAUGGAUAUGUAUUAUUUGUUCAAUGAGUGGAAUUAAUAAAGAGAUGUGUCACAUUUGUAAA